GCUGUGUGGCAGUGGCGGACAUCAGUGGCGAACAAGGAAACGUCGCCAGUGUUUCCGUGUGGUUUCAUUAGUGACGAUACAAGUUGGUCAAAUGGACAUUUUAAAUAGCAAACAAUGUGUACGUAAACAUUUUAUUCCAACUAAUACAACCACGUAGCUACGUAAACAUUUUAUUCCAACAAAUACAAGCACGUACCCACGUUAUGACUAACGGAAAGAAGCAGAAGGGCGCCGACACAGCGGUGCAGGGCACUAAUGACAGCAGUGUGCUCAGUAAAGUGUCUGCUGCAGCUCAAGGAUACUUCCAUGAUCCCUUCCUGCAGCAUUUUGUGUGCAAAGUGGCGAGAAGAGCUCCACUCAUCAACAGAGGCUAUUAUGUGCGGUGGAGAGCAGUGGACUGUUGUGUGCGCACCUUCCUGCAGAUCACACAACAUUGUGCCAAGCGACAGAUUUUGUCUCUGGGCGCCGGGUUCGACUCAUUGUAUUUUCGCCUGUGUGCAGACGGGGCGGCACUGGAGAGAGCCGUGGUGUUUGAGGUGGAUUUCCCAGAUGUCACGCUGCGCAAGGCAGCUCUGAUCAGGUCCAAUGAGACACUGGCAGGAAUGUUGGACCUCCAGCAGGGACAAUGUCAUACAGGACCGGUGUGUGUGUCCAGCAGUCAGUACUUCCUUUUAGGGGUGGACCUGCGACACGACUCCCUGGUUGAAGAAGCUCUGAUGAUGGUUGAACUGGACCAGAAUGUCCCAACGCUCAUUCUGUCUGAAGUGGUGCUCACCUACAUGGAAACACAACAGUCUAAUGACAUCAUCGCUUGGGCAGCAAGGUUCCUGCCCCACUCGCUCUUCGUGAUGUACGAGCAGAUUCGUCCUCACGAUCCGUUCGGUCGCGUCAUGCAGGAACAUUUCCUCAAAGUGAAUUCUCCCUUACAUGCGCUCCAGCAAUACAACAACACUGAUGCACAAAGACAAAGGUUCCUCAGCAAGGGUUGGGACGAGUGUGUGUGCGUGGACAUGAAUGACUUCUUCCUCACCAUGAUCCCACAUGAGGAGAGGCUCCGAGUGGAAAGUUUGGAGCCCUUUGACGAGUACGAGGAAUGGCACCAGAAAUGCUCUCACUACUUCAUCCUCACAGCAUCUCGAGGUUCUGUCUUAGUGCCGUCCUUGCUCAUCCAUCCUCCAGUGACCCUAAAAAGUCUGUCUUGGAGCCCCGUUACCCUCCCAGUGAGGACCCUCCAAGUCCGAGUGGAGGGUCUCGGCAUGGCCUCCACCUGCUUGGACGUAGGACACGUCCUCCUCACUGGCGGCUCCUGCAGACGUGGCAGAGGAACUCCAAGUCGACUCCUGCUCAAAGGCCCUGAAGGCUGGACAUGUGUGGGUGUGGAACCUUCCACGCAUUUGGGUGUCCGCCUGUACCACACGGUCACCUCCACUCCGGGAGGAGGUGCGGUCGUAUACGGAGGUCGAUGCUCUCCUCUCAAGCCGAUCAAGGGCCUUGUCAAAGUCGGCCAUCAUGGUGGGUCACUUCAAGAGGAGCAGAUGGUCUGCACAGGUGAUCGUCCUCCGCUCAGGUGGAGACACACUGCUACUCUGCUCUCUCGUAAAGGAAAAAACUUGCUAUUUGUCUUUGGUGGUAAAAAUGAGAGUGAAGCAGUGUUGGGCGGUGGCUACUUCCUGGAUGUUGAUCAGCAGCACUGGGUUGAGGUGCCGGUGGAGGGCGCAGCACCAGAAGACCGCCAUUCCCACUCGGCGUGUUCCUACCAGGGGGGAGUGGUGGUCUUUGGGGGACUGGGAAGAAAAGGAGAGCCGCUUGGGGACACAAACCUACUGAUGCCCAAAGAGAGAGGCUUCUGCUGGGAGAGGAUAGACAUGCAGCCCCCGCCUUGUCCCAGGUACUCUCAUUCCGCCCAUGUGCUCGGCGAGCAGCUGAUUGUGGUGGGCGGAGUUUGGCUGCAUUGGGAUGGCGUGCCGGGAGUGGCCGUGAUGGGGCUGGACACGCGCUGCUGCAGGGAAUUCCGUCUGGACACGAGUUCGGUGCCGUAUCCGCUGAUGUUGCACUCCUUCUGCUCCGAGCUGACGGACCAAAAGAAACCAGAGCUGCUGCUCAUUGGCGGUGGAGGAAACUGUUUUUCCUUUGGAACACAUUUCAACCCUCACCUUGUUUCUGUGGACCUGCAGCCUGCGAUCAGAUCAUAGUCCCUAAGGGUGAAUUUAUUCGGUGAAGCGCCUAAAGGACUGGACUGCAGCGCUGGCCGCGCCCCAAUCGCCCGGCUUGCGGUACUCGCCCUUCUCCAGGAAGUAUUGGCGGCCGCGGUAGUUGGGAUGCUCAUAAAAGACCCACCAGCCAUCAAAGACUUUGCACGAGUUCACUUCCCUCCAGCGGAACUUCUCCAGGAGUGAGGGACAGUCCUCUGUAGCCUCGAAGGCUUUGCCGCCAAAGUCAGCCUUCUCGUAAAGCUGCAUCUUGUAGAUGGUCCCGCUAGUCUUUAAGAAUGCAAGACAUGGAAAAUAUGGUUUUAAAAACGUACUGCAAAAAUACAUGUCAAAAACUAUAUUCUUCUUUACUACACCCCAAUCAAAUAGCCUCUAUUUUGACAAUAAUCCUUUGCUGAUUUUUUAAAAGAAGCAAAAUUCUUCUUUUUUUCUUUUUCUUCUUUGUCAUGAAAAAGGGACGUUUUUGUCAUGAAAAGGGAGUUUUUUGUGGUUGGUGCACUAUUUGUAAGUGUAUAUUGUGUUUUUUAUGUUGAUUGAAUUUAAAAAAAAAAAAAUUUUUUUUUUUUUUAAUAAAUUCUUCUGCGGCCCGGUACCAAUCGGGCCGCGGCCCAGUGGUUGGGGACCACUGCUGUAUUGAACAGGAACAUUCUACUGGUUUUGAAAACUUAGACGAAAACCCCUAAAUAUCCUUUUAUAGCCAGUUUAAAAACUCGGGCCGAAAUGAAAACCAAAGAUCAGUUAUUAAACAGGAGCGUCCUACUGGCUUUAAGAACUAGGGCCAAAAUGGAAGCUAGAGAUCAUCUGUUAGACAGGCGCAUCUUCCUGCUUUUGGAAACUUGGGCCAAAAUGGUAACCAAAUAUCAUCUAUUAAACAGGAGCAUCCUACUGGCUUUAAAAACUAGGGCCAAAAUGGAAGCCAGAUAUCAUCUAUUAGACAGGAGCAUCCUACUGGCUUUUGAAAACGAGGGCGAACGUCAACACCCGCAGAUCCUCUGGUUUCCAAACAUAAGGCAAAACAGUGCUAGCUAUUGAACAGGAGCACCCUGCUGGUUGUAAUGCAAAGAUAUGGUAAAUGAUUAAAUUGGUUAUACUUGUAAAGUGCUUUAACACUACUUCCACAUUCACACACUGAUGGCGGGAGCUGCCAUGCUAGGCCCUAACCACGACCCAUCAGGAGCAAGGGUGAAUUGCCUUGCUCAGUACACAGUAGUGUACAAAGUACACAACGGACGUGACGGGGUUGGUAGAAGGUGGGGAUCGAACCAGAAACCCUCAGGUUGCAGGCACGCCGUUUGCCAACCAGCCCUCUAUGAGACAGGAGGGCUGGUGUUAGUGACUGACCACACAAUCAAUGAGUUGCUAAUGAGGUUGCUGAAAGCAGAUUGAUUGACGGUGGCUGCGGGCAUGAGGGCAGCUGAUGUUAUGAUCACAUGAACUGUGAGGGAGUUCAUUCAAAAUCCUUAUGUAAGACAAGCACAUUAUUUUAUUUAUGCUAAAGACAGCUAACAAUGGCAGGAAAAGGAGUUGCUCCAUUCUGCCGUUAAACCUCCGUUUGAUGUACAUGUAAUGAAGUAACAUUCAUAAUACCAUGUAAUAUUUAUCUAUUUAUGUCAUUUUAAGCAUACAGUAACAUUUAUUUCAUGGACACAUCACAAUGCUCGCUUUUUCUUUCAACAACACCACCACAACUAAUCAUGGCAGACUUCAUGAGAGACAACAAGCUACUUUGGGACAAAUGAUGAUCCAAAAACUUACAUUUUAGAGCCUGGAUAUACUGAGGAUGAUCUACUAAAUGAUAGACUGAUCCAGUAGCAGUAUUGCCAAGUGCUACACAAGAUAUACUAACUAUGAAAAUAAUCUUAAAAAUCACUGUCUGCUCUUAUAUCUCCUUAUUUCGAUAAAUAAUUAAUUCUCACGCAAGUAAAAAAAAAAAAAAAACUUGUUGAAAAAGUUGAAUGUCAAGUUGACCAAUUUCUUGGUUUGUGUUCACAACUUUCUACGAAAACCAAAUCCAGUGAAGUUGGCAGUUGUGUAAAUGGUAAAUAAAAACAGAAUAGAAUGAUUUGCAAAUCCUUUUCAAUUUAUAUUCAAUUGAAUAGACUACAAAGACAAGAUAUUUAAUGUUUGAACUGGAAAACUGUUAUUUUUUGCAAAUAUUAGCUCAUUUGGAAUUUGAUGCCUGCAAUAUGUUUCAAGCUGGCACAAAAGGCAAAAAAGACUUAGAAAGUUGAGGCAUGCUCAUCAAACACUUAUUUGGAACAUCCCACAGGUGAACAGGCUAAGUGGGAACAGGUGGGUGCCAUGAUUGGGUAUAAAAACAGCUUCCAUGAAAUGCUCAGUCAUUCACAAACAAGAGUGGGGUGAGGGUCACCACUGUGUGAACAAAUGCAUGAGCAAAUUGUCUAACAGUUUAAGAAUAACAUUUUUCAACGAGCUAUUGCAAGGAAUUUAGGGAUUUCACCAACUACGGUCCGUAAUAUCAUCAAAAGGUUUUGAUUAUCUGGAGAAAUCACUGCUCAUAACAUUAAAUGCCCGUGACCUUUGAUCCCUCGGACGGUACUGUAUCAAAAAGCGACAUCAGUGAGUAAAGGACAUCACCACAUGGGCUCCGGAACAGUUCAGAAAGCCAGUGUCAGUAACUACAGUUUGUCGCUACAUCUGUAAGUGUAAGUUAAAACUAUACAAUGCACAGCCAAAGCCAUUUAUCAACAACACCCAGAAAUGCUGCCAGCUUCGCUGGGCCCGAGCUCAUCUAAGAUGAACUAACGCAAUGUGAAAAGUGUUCUGUGGUCUGACGAGUUCACAUCUAAAAUUGUUUUUAAAAACUGUGGACAUCGUGUCCUUCAAACAAAAGAGGAAAACAACCAUCCGGACCGUUCUAGGCGCAAAGUUCAAAAGCCAGCAUCUGGUAUGGGGGUGUAUUAGUGGCCAAGGCAUGGGUAACUUACACAUCUGUGAAGGCACCAUUAAUGCUGAAAGGUACAUACAGGUUUUGGAACAACAUAUGUUGCCCCCCAAGCAACGUUAUCAGGGACGCCCCUGCUUAUUUUAGCAAGACAUUGCCAAGCCACGUGUUACAACAGUGUUGCUUCAUAGCGAAAGAGUGCGGGUACUAGACUGGCCUGCCUGUAGUCCAGACCUGUCCCCCGUUGAAAAUGUGUGGCGCAUUAGGAAGCCUAAAAUACCACAACGGAGACCGCGGACUGUUUAACAACUUAAGCUGUACAUCAAGCAAGAAUGGGAAAGAAUUCCUCUUCAAAAAAUGGUCUCCUCAGUUCCCAAACGUUUACUGAGUGUUGUUAAAAGGAAAGGCCAUGUAACGUGGUAAAAAUUCCCCUGUGCCAACUUUUUUUAAUUGAUUUGCACACAAAAAAAGAAAUACGUUUUUCAGUUCAAACAUUAAGUAUCUUAUUUUUGCAGUCUACUCAAUAGAAUAUAAGAUGGUAAUGAUUUGCAAAUCAUUGUAUUCUGUUUUUAUUUAUAAAAUUACACAACAUGCUAACUUCACUGGUUUUUGGGUUUCUAUACAGAGAAGAGGCAUGAUUACUUUCACCAACUUAGAGGCGUCGCAGCAGCUCACUCUCAAAGUAGUUAUGUGCUAAUGCUUAGAAUAACACAAUGGCUUGGUUGAUAUUCAGCUGAUGAGAUAAUAAUAACUUAGAUUUAUAUCCCGCUUUUCUAAACACUCAAAGCGCUCACAGAGAAGUGGGACUCAACAUUCAUUCACACCUGGUGGUGGUAAGCUACAUCAGUAGCCACAGCUUGAGAUGGAGAUGUAGAUGGAGUAUUUUUGGCGCUUUUUUAAGAGUGCUCUAUCGGCACAACAGAUAACUCCCGUUAGCCACCUUGUACGUGACGUAAAUGACAAGAUCCAAUGCAUUAUAAAAAGUGAUAGGCAACAUUUCAAAAAGGUGCACUCCCCCUUUAAGAAGAAAAUGGAGCAUGUGACUUACAAAGUGGACCAUCUUGCAGGAGCUGAGGCGGUCGUUGAGUCCCAUCCAGCGCUGAUACUCGGGGUACUCGCCCCUGGUCAGCACGUACUGGUAGCCCAGGUAGUUGGGCCGCUCGUACACCACCCAGGCACCACUCUCCACCCGGAUGGAGUUGCAGCGACUCAGGUAGGUGUGGAAGUCGGAGCAGUCGCUGUCACACUCGUAGCGACGGCCCUGGAAGUUCUUGUCCUCGUAGAAGACGAUCUGCAUCACAGCAUAGCUUCCUUCACUUUCUCUUCUGCUUAUCUUGCCCAUGGCCGCUGGAGUCUAUCCUAGCUGACUUGUUCACCAGUGUUCUAAACCUAAAUCAUCUACUUUUCUAGCAUUUUCACCUUAGACGCAGGAGUCUAUCCCAGCUGACUUGUUCACCAGUGUUCUACACCUGAAUCAUCUAAAUUUCUAGCACUUUCACCUUAAAUGCUGGAGUCUAUCCCAGCUGACUUGUACACCUGAACCAUCUACUUAUCUAGCACUUUCACCUUAGACGCUGGAAUCUAUCCCAGCUGACUUGUUCACCAGUGUUCUACACCUGAAUCAUCUACUUUUCUAGCACUUUCACCUUAGACGCUGGAAUCUAUCCCAGCUGACUUGUUCACCAGUGUUCUACACCUGAAUCAUCUACUUUUCGAGCACUGUCACCUUAGACGCUGGAGUCUAUCCCAGCUGAUUUCAAGCCAACUAUGGGGUGGAAAUAAGUCUACAAAGUCUCCAAACACAAAUACAAGCAUGAGAGUGGAGGGUGGAGCCUACACUUGUGCGACAAAGGUGGAUCAACUCACUCUGCCCAUCUUGGAGGAAAGAGUCGGAGCAGCUUGCUUGUCGAUGCCGGUGGUGGUGUUGGUUCUCCGCCCAGGUGUGGAUGCAGCGCGGGGACGGCGGGCGCUGCCUUUUAUAGCGCUGCCUCGCCACGCUUGGAAGGCGAGCGGGGCAACAAUCGCUUUGUCAUGAAAGUGAGAUCCAAAAAUUGAGUCAGUGAUUCUAGCGCUAUUCAGUUUUUCCAGAAAAGCGAGGAAGGAUUACGGCAUAAAGGCCGGGUGUGGGGUUGGCAUCCAACGACCCCCACCGCUCCCCGUCCCUGUGUCGCACAUGCCAGCUUGCCCCCACCUGGCCAGGGAGGUCCUGCCAAGUCAGGACUUAUUUACAGGACUGCAAUGGUCGCUAUCUUUUUUCUUCCUUCAAAAUCUCACAUUGGUUUUGAAAUUUCAAGUUAUUAUGCAAUCGUUGAAGAUGGUAAAAAGUAGAAAAGUCCCGAAAUUAAAAACAAUAUAAAUAAUAAAAAAUAUCUUUAUUGGAGGAAUUCAUGUUUAAAAUCAGCCCGAUUUUCUAUUUAUAUAUAUUUGAUGUGUAUUGUCUCUUAUGUUUUGUUGGUAUGAGAAUGUAUUGUAUAUUGCUAUGUGAAUGGCUCAACCUGCUGUAAAAUAUUGCAAGUACUGCAGUCAAAAGUGUUGGGACACACAGGACACUUCAUUAGGUACGACCCAUGAAUACAGUAGGGAAGUAAACGCUACAUACGGAUAUAUGAAACGUGUCCAUUUUCCACAGUUAUGUUUAGUUAUUAGCAAUACAAAGGUGCUGUCAGCAGUGCUACGUAUUAUAUUUACUUCAUUCUGAUAGUAUAGGAUGACAAGUCACCACAAUGUGCGCGCUAGCAGGAAGUGACGACGUACAUUCGGCGGUGUGCGAAGUGCAAAACGACGUGAAGUGAAGUUCUGCUGUAGCAGCAGCUUCCAGUUCAACACGCCAUCGGCGAAUGCCCUACCCCCCCUUUACUUGUAAGGUACGCCGCCAUAUUGACGGGCAGCUGGUCUCCCGGGGGCUCGCUGUCGGGGAACAGUAGGGUUGACACGGGAUUUGGGAUCAGGCUGUCCAGUUCCUGUCUUUGACCCGUCUCCAGCAGCCACUCGUGGAACUUGGCCUCCACCAGCUCCUGGAACUUGUGCUUCUGCUCCCUACACACACACACACACACACACAUUAAAGUGUGUAGUUAGUAACGUAGCAGGAUUAAGGUGGCACGAGGAACAGAAGAUGGCCCAUCACAUGCUUGGUGCAGGUCUGGAUAAAGGUGUGGAUCCUGGCACCUUUGACUGGUUGAGGUCAGAGACCCUCAAGCCCAUGUUUUAAUGACUGCUAUUGUGACAUUAGAUGUUAUAUAUUUGAUACAGAAUAAUGCAUUAAUCAAUUGUGUUGUCAUGGCGACCACUGAUUUUUUUCCCCAUUGAUCGAUAGGCAGUUGUGAUUGAGGCCAGCAAGUUCUGCCUAGCAACAAGGACCAAAUAAACAUGUGUUUAUGCUGCUGCACCUGCUAGCUUGAAGUUUACUCAAAAAUCACAUGCUUCUGUGCCUUUAUAGCAAGUCUUCAACAGGGUGUCCGUGACCCCUGGAGGUAUGCAUUGGUACUGCAGGGGGGUGGCAUAACAUUUUGGGUUGAUUACCUUUUUUUUAGUUCCCCUCAUCAUUUUCCCACAAAUGUAGAUGUAUUUAAAUAUAUAUUAACACUUAACCAACACAUUGUAGUGCUGUUUAUAAACAAUACUGGCAUGGCUACCCUAAUUACCAUACCUUGCAUUUAAAUUUGCGAUUAGCGUUUUAAUUGCCAGCUAGCGACUAGCAGUGCUAAUUUCUAGCUAGCAAUUAAACAAGGCUACAUUUGGCUGGUGAUAAGCAGUGCUUGAUUUGAUUAGCAGUGGUACUAUCUACCUAACUAUUAACAAUGCUAGUUUGUAGUUCGCGAUGAAAAAUGCUAGUUAUAGGCUGGAUAUGAGCAUUGGUAGUUUCUAGCUAGCGAUUAGCAAUGCUAGUUUCUAUUAAGCAAUCAACAGUGCUAGCAGAGAAUAAUUUGGCCACACCGGGUGUGUGUGUGACAAUCAUGGGUACUUUAACUUUUUAAGUGUCCAGCUAGCGAUUAACAAGGCCAGUUUUCUGCUAGCGAUAAUCAGUGCUAGAUUCUAGCUAACAAUUAACAAUGCUAGUUUUCAGCUAGCAAUUAACAGCAGUAGUAUCUAGCUAAUGAUUAACAAUACUAGCUUCUAUCUAGCUAUUAAAAAUGCUAGUUUUCAGCAAGCGGUUAGCAGUGAUAAUUAUAGCUAGCGAUUAACUGCUAGUUAUCGGCUAGAUAUGGUAGUUUCUAGCUAGCGAUCACAGAUGCUAGUUUCUAGCUAGCGAUUAACAUGGCUAGUUUUCUGGUAGGGAUUAACAGUAGUAGUUUCUAGCUAGCAAUUACAAAUAGUAGUUCUCAGCAAGCGAUUAACGGUCCUAGUAUUAAACAAGUGAUUAACGGUGCUAUAUUGUAUUAUACUGAUAUCUUAGUAUUGCACAACAAGGUACAUUUAGUUUAAAACACUAUUUUAUACAGGAUAAAUGCAUUAUAGAUAGAAUGAUGGAUAGAUAAAUAUUUGGUCCCUGCUCCAUAAUGCUAAAGUCCCCUGCUUUAUAAUUUUUUUUAUAAGUAAAUGACCAAAUUCUGCUUUUCACUAAUUAAAAAUGGCUGCCAGUAUAUUCCAUCAAUAAAAGCUGAUGAGUAAGCAGGGCUGAGUACUAUUUAUUUGGGAAUGGUGUCCAUUAAACGUGCCUUGAAGCAGAAAGGAGUGCACUUCCUAACUGCGACCAGCAGAGGCGCUGUAGAUUCAACAUAAAGAGAAGAAGUCAACUAUGCAGACUCCUGGUUUCACUCACUUGUUUAGCCGCGCCUCCAUCACAGUCUUCUGCCAUUUUUGUAUCCUCCUCUGUUUCUCUUCGAUGGCCAUCUGGUAGCAGGACGCCAGCUCGCCCGGCACCUCGCACGUGUCUCCCUUCAUCUGGAACGGCACCACCAUGGUGUGAAAGUCCUCCGGGGGCAGCAGGCGGUAGCAGGCCAGCUCAGUUUUGGCGUCCAAAUCCUUGACGAGACCGUCGGUCCCCAGCAGCAGGGGCUGGUCCCACAUGUUGGGCACCACGGCCAGCCCCACGCUGCCCAUGUGGUCCUCCAAGGUGGGGUAGAAGGUGUGGUAGGGUCCCAGGGUGAUGUCGGCGUUCCCGGGCAGGAGCAGGGGACGGGUGGGCGUCAGAGCGUGCACCGUGCAGCGCGAUGAGGCGCCGACGAUGAUCCUGCCUGCCACGCACACGACACGCACGCUCUGGCAGCUGUGCACGUGGACGCUGGUCUCCACGGGGCCAAGGACCACCGUGCAGUCUCUACAUUUGUCCACACUGACGGACCUGCAGAGUACACAACAAACAGCUUCUAGCUGCUAUACUGGUAUUUCUGUUCCGGUACUAAAAACCAUGUAAGCACCAACAGAGCAUCAAUGGAAGGUUGGUUUGUUGUACCAAAGAGUUGACUUGACUCCAACAGGACAAAGUAAAUAAAUUAUGCAUGAUUCUGA